GGCCGGGGGUCGCUUCCGGCAGCGGCGGCGUGGUCUGAGGUAGGUAGUGCGAGAGCGCGGUGUGAUGGCGGCGGCGGUGGAAGUGGUUGGGGCCUCGGCCUCGCUCCUCGCCCUGGACCCGCAGCUGCAGCGCGAGUUCCAGGACAAGGUGCUGCGCGUCCGCUCCGGCAGGGGGACCAAGCAUGAGAAGCUGACUCCUGGUGUAAUUUAUUUAGGGCAUAUCCCUAGGGGGCUUUUUGAGCCACAAAUCCAGGAGUACUUCAGCCAGUUUGGAACAGUCACCAGACUUCGGCUUUCAAGAAGUAAAAAGACUGGAGACAGCAAAGGCUAUGGAUUUGUAGAGUUUGAAUCAGAUGAAGUUGCUAAGAUUGUUGCCGAUACCAUGAACAACUACCUGUUCUGUGAAAGACUCCUAAAGUGUGAAUUUAUGCCACCUGAAAAGGUGCAUGAAAACCUCUUCAGAGGCUGUAAGAAGACAUUUAGGAAGCCAUCGCAUCCAGCAGUCAAGCGAUAUAACAAGAAACGAACUCCCCAAGAGAAGACGAGGAUGACAGAGAGACUACUAAAAAAUGAGAAACGAUUACGAAAGAGGCUGGCUGAGAAGGGAAUAGAUUAUGACUUCCCUGGAUUUGCCGCACAGAUGCCUCAGAAGAAAAAAAAUGUUUCAAACUCAAACCUGAACAUAUCUGUGAACAGCCAGGACCCCACCCCAGUGUGUACGCCCACAGCGCUUGAGCGUCGGAAAUCACAACCAGCAGAAGAUGAUGAAGAUGAAAUAACCAUCAGACUGCCUCCAACAAGUAUAAAGAGCACUGCUCGAAAGACCAAGAAGACAACAAAGCUGCAGAAAAAAAUUCAUCCAAAGAAACGGAAAUAAACAAAGACGAAGCCUCUGUA